GGCAGAUCUUCCCAAAAUCCGAGUUGGUGACAUGGAGUACCGACGUGGCUUCGGGACGCUGCGGGACGUCCGCGUCAUCGGCUUCUACAGCGCGCUGGACGCGCGCUCGGAGCGGCCGUGCGUCGUGUACGUCAUCGAGGUCGCCCACGUGCCCAUGGAAGGCAUGGCGGCGCCAGUCUCGUUCCUCGUCUACCGGCGCUACUCGCAAAUUGCCAUCUUGGCCUCCAAGCUGCACUUUCACCCGUCCGUGGGCCUCCCGCCCAAGUACGCGCUGCAGCCUUUCCCGCUCACGGACGAGCAGCUCUGCCACCGGUACGAAGGUCUUCGCCACUUUGUCGAAGAGGUCUUUCUCGAGCUGCGCCAAGCGCACCACGCGGGCAAGCACCACGAUGUCGAGUCGACGGCUGGCCUCGACAUGCAGACGUACUGCGACUUUGUGUCGGCCAACAAGAACCGACCGCCGGCGCCCGUGACGCCGCCACUGCCGUCCUGGGCGACGCCGACGGAGCUCGACGUACCUUCCCGCAACCCAUCGAUGUCGUCUGGCGGCACGUGGCCCGACAUUGAGAGCUACGACAGCGAAGACUUUGGCGAUGAGACACCGCUGCCGGCUGUGGACGUCGCCAACGCGUUCCGCAACGACGUGCUGCAGGCCGAGGGGCAAUGCCACGCGCUAUGGAACUGCGUUCAAGCCUAUGUGCACGCGGCCGCCGCGUGGAGCCAAGCGGCCGAGACCAUGCAGGUGGAGCUCGAGCGAUGUGCGCGCCUGCCGUUGCUCGCGAGUGCACCGCGCUUGGCCAUGACGUCAGCGAUGAAUCGCAUGGCGGCCUUCAAGAGCCUCGAGCGCGACUGUGGCCGGCAUGUCCUCCAGCCGUUGCAGCAGCUCUGUCGACAGGUCUUUCCGGACGUCAAGGACACGUUUUGGAGCCAGAACGAGACUCCGAUUGCCCAUCCGACAAAGCGCGUCCUAGCCGAACGCGCGCACCUCGCCGAGGUCGUCUUGGAGACCGUGCGCAAGUGCGACGCCUCCCUCGCGACCGCCCAAGCGGCGUGGCUCGCAGCGCAACAGCUGCUGACGACGACCGAGGUCAAGGUCCACUCGGAUGCGAUGGCCGAAUCGGAGGAGACGCCACCGGCGAUGCCCGCGCUGCUGCCAGUGACGACCCCUUCGAUGGACGGGUACAUCUCCCACGUGUACGUGUGGGGACGCAUUCCAGAUACCUCGAGCGUGCAGCAGCACUUGGUGUUGCGGCCCACGGAGCAUGCGAUCUUGCGCGGCCAAGCCAUCGCUCAAGUCGCGUCGGGCGGCGAGCGCCUCUUGUACCUCACAGACUCGGGCGAUCUCUACAGCUUUGGGCCUGACGAAGAAAAGCGGGGCGACGGCUUUUUGGCGCCACACCUUAUCGAGCAGUUUGCGCUGGACAAGGCGCUGAACGGGUCGCGGAUCGUGAGUAUUGCAUGCGGCGCGCAACACGCGGCUGCGAUCAGCCAGCACGGCGAGCUGUACACGUGGGGCAGUGGCGAGGACGGACGGCUCGGCCACGGCGACAUUCGCGACCGAGCGAUUCCACGCAAAGUCAUGAGCCUCCUCUCCCAGCGUGUCGUGCAAGCGAGCUGCGGCGGUGCGCACACGGCCGUCGUCACCGCGACGCACGGUCUCUAUACCUUUGGGCGUGCCAAGAACGGUCGUCUCGGCCUCGGUGCUGACGUCGCAACGUUCAAAAUGACGCCGGAAGCCCUUGCGUCGCCAGUGGACGAGUGGACCGCGGUGUGCUGCGGCUGGAACUUUACCGUUGCACUGACGCUGGCCGGUCGCGUGUACUGCUGGGGCAAGCAGGGCGAGGGCCAGUGCGGUCUCGGGUACGCCAACCAAGACCAGUGCGCGCCUGUUCGCGUCGACGCCCUCGCUCCGUACGAGAUUGUCCAAGUGGCGUGCGGCUACACGCACACUUUGGCACUCUCGCUGCAAGGCGAUGUCUUUAGCUGGGGACUCGGCGAGUACGGCCAGCUCGGCAAGGGCAGUGUGUACCAGCCCGUGCCGGAGUUUGUCGACAUGAGCCACUGCAUGGGUCCCCCUGACCAAGUGCAGACAGUGUACUGCGGCGCGUUUCAUUCGGUGGCGACAACGACGCAAAACGUCAUGCUCGCGUGGGGGCUCAACAUGUACGGCGCGUGUGGGCUUGGCCACGUCCAGAACCGCGAUACGCCCGAGCGUCUCGACUGCUUUGAUCCGAGCCUGGCGCUGCGCGUGGCGUGCGGCCACAAGUUUACGGUUGCCGUUCAGCUGCCACGGGAGAUGGUCGAGACGGCGCCGGUCGAGCCCGAGCCAUUUGGUGGUGGUGGCCACAGCGAGCCACCGCACAGCGGUGUUGCACGAGAAGAAGAGCUUCGUCGGACAAAAAAGCUCUGGCGGAACCGCAUUUUGCGGCACUGGAGUGAGAUGAAGGACUCGGCGCUGGCGCAGUCGCUCUGGCGCCAGGGCAUUCCGCCCUCGAUCCGCUCCACCGUGUGGCCGCUCGCGAUCGGAAAUGGGCUCAAGAUCACGCCCGAGAUGUACGACAUCUACCGCCACCGCGCCACAAAGGCCCGGUCGGGCGAGAUGCUGCCGACCGAAGGUCGCGAGCACACGGUGAUGUUGAUCCACACGGAUCUGCCGCGCACGUUUCCGUCGCUCAAGCUCUUUGACGCGAGCGGUCCGUACUUUGAGUUUUUGCGCGAGGUGCUCGAGACGUACGCGUGUUACCGGCCGGACCUGGGCUACAUCCAGGGCAUGUCGUACAUCGCCGCGCUCCUCUGCCUGCACAUCCCGACAGACCGGUACUUGACGUUUCAGUGCUUGGCCAACGUCAUGGUCCACGAGCACCUCUUUACCUUUUACCUGCUCAAGGCGGAUCUCUCGCACGUCUACUAUGCCUACUACGACGACUACUUUGCAUCGACGCUCCCCGACGUGCAUGCGCAUCUCAUGGGCCUCGGCAUCCAGACCUCCAUGUACCUCAUGAAUUGGCUCCAAACGCUCUUCCUCCAAGUACUGCCGCUCGAGGUGGCUUCGCGCGUCUUUGACUGCUUCCUCCUCGAUGGCGUCGGGUUUCUCUUCCGGACGGCGCUAGGCAUCAUCUCGCUUCUCUCGCCGACGCUGCUCCAGAGCGAGCUCGAGGAAGCGCUGCCACUGCUGCAGCGCCACCAUCAGUACCACGCGCAGUGGGCUUCGACGCUGACGGAAGACCGCCUCUUUGACGCAAUAGCGACCACGAGUCUGCCGAGCCGUAUCACGACGGGCCUCGACAGCGCAGUGCAGAACGUGUACUUUUACCAGCCGCACCUGCCUGCGGAGCCAGCGCUGUUUCCAACGACCCUCACGCGGCGCCGGUCCAAUUUCGACGGGAAGAAAGGUCUCCGCUUGUCCUGAGCGCGUGUUUCGAUCGACUGGACUUUGUUUGAGGCAGUGCGACGCAGCUGGCGCGUGCGUCAAGUGGUAGAAGACUUGCAACCGCGUCUGCUUUUCAAACUUGCGAUCUUUUGCGUCCGGCGGGAGUUUCCAAGCAAACGAUUGGUCGAAAACACUUGCCUUUUUCAAAUGUAUCCAAUCACAGCGCGGCGUGGACCACAAAGAGAAGAUCUGGUGGCACGUGUCGAG